GACAUUUAUUCAAAUCCACAAGACAAAUCUCAAUCUGAUUUAAGGCAGCUCCUAUAAAUAACGCUACGCUACAUGUACACAACUGAACAGAGUUUGCAAUUUUCUAGUAAGACUUCAGAUGGUUGCCCUAGGAUUAUUUCUGGCAUGUGUGAUCAACAUUGACCAAUCGGUCUUUAGUAAACCACAUUAAGUUGGAUAGCUUACUCAAUAGCUGCAGUGCAAAAUGUUCAACAUUAGAAGUCACAUUAUAUAGGUAAAAAAUGGAAAAGCAUACAUUUUUGAAAUCACAAGCUAAAAUCAAAAAGUAAAUUACUCCUAAACUUCCACUAACGGAAGCCCUGAUAGCUUCCUCUCAUGUUAAUUCUACGGUUCUUAGUUGGAUUCGAACCCGUAACAGUGAAUGGUAAGUUAUUGUAAUUCAACGACUUGAACCUCUCGGCCGCUGCUGAAAAUAUUUCUGCUUCAUACAGCACCCAAAAUCGAUAUUGAUAACUGCAUUUUUUUUCUUUGGAAUAGCUAGAUAUAGGGACCGGAUGGUGUAAAAAUCAUUCAUACUAAUUCAUGGUGGAAUUAGUGAAUCAACUUUUGAAAACCACCAUUAUUUUGCAAAAAUAAGCGUCACAUUUUUAAAUUAAAAACAUAAGAUAAAAUAGUAGUAAAUACUGUAUAAUUGUAUCAAGAAUUUGUCUCAAAUCAAGUAUAUGUAUCAAGUCCUUUAGGGUAUGCAUCAAAUCCUUAAAUAUAUGAAGCAAGUCCUUCAGUAUAUGUAUCAAUGCUUUAGUAUAUUUAUCAAGUCCUCGUGUAUAUGUAUCAAAUUCUUAGGUGUAUGUAUCAAUUCUUUAAGUAUAUGUUUAAGAUUAUGAACACAAGCCUUAACCAGUGGCAGACAACGCGAUUUUCUGUGUUCACUCGUCCAUCUCGGGUUGAAGUCAAUACACAAAAGGACCUCGAAGAUAUGCUUUCCAAACUGGACGAAACACCAGUCAGACCAGAUGAUGUCCAGACUGAGCAGAGAAAAAUGUAUGCAAACAGGAAAAAGUUCUUGGAACUGGCACUUCCUUGUGCUAUCUUGGCAAUACUGAGCCUCGUUUACAGUUUGAUAUACCUGGUCGACGCUGGACAGGGUAUGGUCACUGGUAUCCAGACUAGGAAUUAUCUAACAGGACUUGGAACACUUGAUAACUGCAUGGCUGUCCUAUUGCACGAGCAUAACAAACGAAUAUCGUUACCAGAAAAAAAGUCAGACCGGUUGUCGAGCGAUUAUCACCGAACCGAUGAAAAACUGCACGAAGUGCUCGAUACAAACACACUUGUCGAAUGGAAAUUAAUAAGUCAAAUUACUGACUGGAGAAGUAAAGAUAUUCAUGAAGUGGUCGCAGAGUCAGAGUUUUAUAUGCACUUUGCUUCAGAUUUAAGUGCAGUGAUUUUUCAGCGAGGGUUCGAAUUAGAUGAAGUGCGAAAAUGGAAAUCACUUUAUAAAUAUAUGUCCUCGUUCAAGAAGGCGUUUCAGGUGAAAAUCCUGCGAAACAUUUUAAUACUAUUAGAGACAAGGUCUCAACGUUUCAAAAUAGACACAAACGCGGAGAAAACCCUAAAUUUUGUAUCAAAGUUCAAAAAUGUGCUAUGUGAGACGGACGAGGAUUCAGGCAGCGCGUGUUCCUACUCUUGCACAUACGACCUGUUCUGUUACUUACAUUCACAUUCUAUGAAUUUUAGCAUGAACGAAACAUGUUGGAAUAGCACUGUUAAAUACGAGACUUCCUCUCUGAAACACCUGUCUGCGGUAAUACGGGGAAAGCAAAUCAAGUUGAUGGAAGACAUACUCAGCAGCUGCAAAAAGACUAUUGCAAUUUCCGCCAUUUUGUUUUGUUUGUUGCUCAUAUUCAUCGGAACGACAGCGGCGUGUGUAUCUAUUUUUAUCUUCAUAUUUCGCGAGCAAAUACAAAUUGCGGUUGUCGUGUCGGACAUUUUGAAAGGUGUGACGUCACGUGUGGAUAAACAACGUGAAUCUACUGACCAAGUAGUUACUCGGAUUAUACCAAGAACUCUCGUGCGAAAGGUGAAUGUGGAUAACCAUAGCAACAUGAUCCCAUACGAAGCACCGGACACCACCAUUUUCAUGGUCAGUAUUGCAGGCUAUACAAAGUUCUUCAGCAUGUUCACUGCGCCGCAGACGAUACAUAUCCUUACGUUGGUCAUGGAGCUAUUGGACGAGAGGAUGGAACAGUACAACGUGUUUCCGGUUGCAAGAAUGGGUCAAUACCUCCUGGUUCUGUCAGAUUCGGAGGUCAAGAAGCAGGUGCGGAACGCAUGUGAGAUAGCCAACUUGGCUAUAGAUAUAAUGACGUGUUGUAGUGAUCUAGAAAUUGGCCGACACUCUCAAUCUAAACUUCAGAUGAAACUUGCCAUUCACACAGGACCAUGCUACGGACGACUGGUUGUUCACAACGGUACCGUGCAGCUGAAAAUAGUUGGCACUACUCUCACAGUACUCAGACAAAUUCACAAGGCAGCAAUUCCUAAUAUGAUACAAGUAAGUGAAACGACACAAAAACUACUAGCAGCAUGCGAUUGUUACAGUCUGCACUACAGAGGCAACCUUAAAAUACCGGAUAUGUCGAAAUAUUACAAAAUAUACUGGUUGAAUGGUCGGCGGGUAUCUUCAGCACUAAGUAUGGAGGAUUGUUGUUCCAGGAUGGGGUCUUGGAUAGAGUUAGAGAGAAAACCCUUAUACCGACUUGAUGAAAAUGACGGAACCUACGAGCCACUAAAUAAAACAACAUGUCGGCGGUACUCCCAGAUGAGCGUCGGGUCGUACUAUCCCACAGUAUGCUUUAACAAUAGCUCUUAUGUAGGCGAUUCCGACGGCUCUCCUAUCUAAAUAUCCUUCUAGAUCCCAAACAAAGAUAACAUCCACGGCUUAAAUCCACGGUACUUUCAGAUAACCUACACAAUACUGAGAACACAGAGAUAACUUCCACCGUGACGGUAAUUCUCAAAAAUAACUUUUACGGCACUUCUAAUACAAAUAUAACUUUAACGGCACAUCUCAAAGAUAUCUUUCACGGCAUUUGUACACAAAGAUAACUUUCACGGCAAUUAUCAAAAGAUAACUUCCAAGUCACUACGUUGAACGAAAAUAAUGAUCCAAUGGACCUUAAUAGCUUAUAGGCUGUAAGACAAAGAAUAUUUGUCGCAGAAUUAUAGACAUCAAAAGGGAUGACUAUUGUUUUCGGAACAUUUUCAUUGUACACAUUUCGACUGUCUCAAAUAUCAGCAAAAGUGGAUGACAAUGAUAUAAGAACUCGUGCUUUGCUUUAAGAAUGUGAUAUUUCUUAUCGUGAUUUUACUUCUGUUUUAAAAAUAUAUUUAUCUCAGACUGAAAU